CUGGCAGCUGUGAUCUGAAAGUGUCUGGAUCCCAGGCUCGUCUCCACAGAGGAGGACACGCAGGCAGCAGAGACCAUGGUGCCUCCCUCAGCCCCUCCCUGCAGAUGGCACGUCCCCUCGCAGGGCCUCCUGCUCACAGCCUCACUUUUCACCUUCUGGAACCCGCCCACCACUGCCCAGUUCAGUAUUGAAGCUGUGCCACCCAAUGCUGCAGAAGGGAAGGAGGUUCUUCUGCUUGUCCACAAUCUGCCCCAGGAACUUCUUGGCUACAACUGGUACAAAGGGGAAACGGUGGAUGCCAAACGGCGAAUUAUAGGAUAUGUAGUGAGACCUCAAAUAACUACCCCAGGGCCCGCAUACAGCGGUCGAGAGGCACUAUACCCCAAUGCAUCCCUACUGAUGCAGAACGUCACCAGAAAUGACACAGGAUUCUACACUCUACAAGUCGUAAAGCUAGAUCUUGUGAAUGAAGAAGUAACGGGCCAGUUCAGCGUACACCUGGAGCUGUCCAAGCCCUACAUCACCAGCAACAACUCCAGCCCUGUGGAGAACAAGGAUGCUGUGGCCUUAACCUGUGAACCUGAGACUCAGGACACAACCUACCUGUGGUGGGUAAAUGGUCAGAGGCUCCUGGUCAGUCCCAGGCUGCAGCUGUCCAGUGACAACAGGACCCUCACUCUACUCAGCGUCACAAGGAAUGACACAGGACCCUAUGAGUGUGAAAUACAGAACCCAGUGAGUGCGAACUUCAGUGACCCAGUCACCCUGAAUGUCCUCUAUGGCCCAGAAGCCCCCAUCAUUUCCCCUUCAGACACCUAUUACUACCCAGGAGGAAAUCUCAGCCUCUCCUGCCAUGCAGCCUCUAAUCCAGCCUCACGGUAUUCUUGGUCUGUAAAUGGUACAUUCCAGCAACACAAACAAAAGCUCUUUAUCCCCAACAUUACUGUGAAGAACAGCGGAUCCUAUGCCUGCCACGCCGUGAACCCAGCCACUGGCCACAACAGGACCACAGUCAAGAUGAUCACAGUGUCUGACGCUUCGGUACCAGAUAGUUCUCCUGUCCUCUCAGCUGGGGCUACUGUCAGCAUCAUGAUUGGAGUGCUGGCCAGGGUGGCUCUGAUAUAGCAGCCCUGGUGUGAUUUCUGCAUUUCAGGAAGACUGGCGGACAAUUGUUUCUAUUCUUCCUCAAAGCAUUUGCAAUCAGCUACUAGCCAAAAUUGCUUCUUCUUCAAGGAGGUUUCUGGAAAAGACUCUGACAAGUACUCUUGAAUACAAGUUUCUGUUAACUUUAAGAUCAUACCACUGGACUGUCUGAGAACUUGCAAACAGGCUGAUGCCUUCAUGAAAUUGCCAGUCAAAACAGAAGAAAAAAAAUCAAUUUCACUGAACUAAAUAAUAAUGAGGAUACUGUUUUUAAAUUUUUGUAUUUGAAAAUUUGCUAAUUCUUUAAGUGGUUUCUUUUUCAGAUUUAUUAAUUUAUCUUUUUUUUUUUUUUUUUUUUUUUUGAUGGAGUCUUGCUUUGUCUCCCAGGCUGGAGUGCAGUGGCAUGACCUCAGCUCACUGCAACCUCCACCUCUUGGGUCCUAGCAAUUAUCCUGCCUCAGCCUCUCAAGUAGCUGCGAUUACAGGCGCCUACCACAAUGCCCGGCUAAUUUCUGUAAUUUUAGUAGAGACAAGGUUUCAUCAUGUUGGCCAGGCUGGUCUCAAACUCCUGACCUCAGGUGAUCCACCCACCUCGGCCUCCCAGAAUGCUGGGAUUACAGGCAUGAGCCACCAUGACCAGCCAAAUUUCUUUACUUUUUACUAUAAAUAAACUGUUUUUUAUUUAUAGUUUAUGGCAAUUUGGUAAAGUAUACUUUUGUGAACAAAAAUUAUAACAUUUACUUUUGCUCCCUACCUGACUGCCACAGAACUGGGCAACUAUUCAUGAGUAUUCAUAUGUUUAUGGUAAUUCAGUUAUUUGCACAAGGCCAGUAAGAACCUGCUGUCUUUAUAAUGGGAUAUAUUUUUAAACAUUGGUUAUAUUACCAAGGCUUUGAUUGGGAUGUUAUAUUUGAGAAUAUCCAUAGAAUGACAGAUUAACCAAGUGUUAAUCUAUUGUGUCAACCCCAAAUUUUUACAUAAGAGAUCCUUUAGUACACCCAGUGGCUAACAUUAGCAGCAUCUUUAACACAACUGUUUGUCCAAAUGUAUCACGGUCCCUUUUAGAGUUAGACUUCUAGACUCACUUGUUCUCACUCUGGGUUUUAGUUUAACCCAGCCAUGCGAUGCUACAUAAUAAAAUUGCUCCCUAUUGGCUGA